GACUAGAGAAUUUCUUUUUAAUCCUACCAUGUUCUAGAUUCUAUAUCUAGUACAUGGUAGGAUUAAAAAGAUAUUCUCUCUGGAUUGGUAAUCUCUGCAAUGGGCAUACAUAGGGCUGCCAGAGUUGGUAACUUGAGUGCUGUACAGGAUGCCAUUAGGAAGGGAGAGGAUAUCAACAGUGUGGAUGAGGGUGGAUAUACUCCACUCUGGUGGGCAGCCUGUGGAGGCCACACUGACUGUGCCAGAGAGCUGCUCUCAUCUGGAGCCACCGUGGACCUGGCUAACAAGUAUGGGGGCAUUCCAUUGUCUAUGGCAGCAAGGAAAGGUCAUCAUCAUGUCGUCCGAGAGCUACUCUCAUCAGGAGCCGCAGUGGAUCUGGCUGACAAGUAUGGAGUCACUCCACUCAUGGACGCAGCCUACGGGGGAUAUUUAGAUACUGUAAAGGAGCUACUCUCAUCAGGGGCUUCAGUUCACUGCACAAAUAAAAACGGAGAGACUGCUCUAAUGAUGGCCAAGAGAUCAGGUUAUUCGAAUCCUGGAACAAUUAAGUUGCUUAUGGGAACUACUGAAUCACAGUCACCUCCGAAGUCUGUUUGGGUCCUCCCCCAAAACUGGGCUGUUGUCACUGACACAGAAACGUUAGUGACUAUUGCACAGAAGAAGCCAGUCUACCAGAACAAGACAAGAACAGAAGAUAUACGCUCCACACCACCUGGAUAUCCCCUCCACCAAACUUCCGCACACCCUGAUGUCACUUUCUAUGACAAGCCUCAGGAGAAGGAGUUCACCUCCAGUGGUGGAUAUGCCGACUUUGACAAUGGAGUUGAAGUAACUGUUCCAGCUAAUGCUGUUCCAGCAGGGACCUCUGUGGGCAUUAAAGUCCAACCCAGCCUUGCCCCCAAUGAUGUGUUUGUGAUGCCUAAAGACAUUCAGUCUGCAAGUCCAUCCUACUUGAUCUCUGGUGAAGGUCUAAACGGAGAGGUGACCCUGAGCAUAGAGCAUCAUGUAUGAGUGUCCACCCAACAAGAAGCUGAUGAUCUCCUGUUUCUCCAAGCUGACUCGUCUCCCAAGAGAUCUGGUUCAAAGAGUAUCUAUGAAUGGCAGAAGGUACCAGAGGGCAGGUCUGAGUUUACUCCAGGAGGGAACAAGGGGACAUUAACGAUGGUCACACGAUUGAAAAAGUUUUUCAAAAUUGGCCAGAAAAAGAGAGGUUAUAAUUAUUUUGACUGUUCGUGUUUUGCAUAUACAUUAUACACAGCCCAAACAUACCACAGUUGACACGCACACACAAUUCGAAUAGCUGCUAAUCUCUAAUACGUAUGCAGGCGUGAGUAACAGUAACCUCUACACUGUCAGAGUUUACCGGUCUCCUCUACACACAACUGGGGACAGAAUGGCUCUUGUCAUUGUCAGCUUCUUCCAUCGACUUUUUUUUGAUGUGCGUACACUUUAAUAUACAUUCUUACAGUGUAAUUGUGUGCUUUUGCAUAGUUAUGCCUCGGUGCGCAUGCGCAAGCGAGGUAUACGGUAGUGUGUUUGUGUGUGUCACUGUGUGUGCGUGCGUGCGUGUUUGCAUGUGUGGACUGCUACAGCUGCUCAAGGAUCAAUCAAGUGCAAGUAAGAGUUUCUAUAGGCUUCUAGUCAUGUUUACCUGGAAUUCGUGGAUUUUCAAAAUAAUGCUUCGUUCUUGAGUUAUGCCUAGUUUUACUUACUUGGAAUGCCAUUGCAGCCUUUUCAGAAGAGUGCGUAGCGAAACUUGUCCAUGGAGUGCUGCUAGAUCUACUCUACUUAGUAGUUAGCUCUGCACUAGAACGCUAGCUAUUGGUAGCUGCAACAGUGAGAAGAGAGCUGCGCAUGCAAGGCUCUACUGACACGAUGCAGCCAUUAAUCUUAGGCUUGAACUUUUGGCAUCGAUCGUUUUUAACAACAAUCAUGGUCUAUCAUUACCCACUCUUUGUGGUCUGGAUUUUGCCCAGAGGAGGAAUGCCAGGGUCAAUAAGGUCACGUUUAAUGAAAGAUUAAACAUUCUUGUUCUGGGUUCUUGACCUUUGCUGCACAUAGCAGCUAGCGCUUCUUGUUGUUUAGUAGCCUCCUUCACAAGGCCUCAACAAGGUGCGGCCUGGCAUCGAGGCUAGUUGUUUAUUUGCUUGCUUAGAAAGCUUACUAUACCUUAGAUCUAUCUAGUGCCGCAAGCCGGUACAUCAAAAUUUAUAUCCUAGCCACAGAAAGCAUAUCUUGUGGUUUUGAAGAAUGCAAUAAAAGGUCAAAGGUUGCAAUUAAAUCCUGAUCUCGCUGAUUCGUCUGGGGCGCGAUAGCUCAACCGAUUCCUCUUGUGAUUAUAAAGAGGAUCAAGCUAUUGGUGGUGUAUAAACUCAGGGGCGCAAGGGUAAACUCAGUUUUACAUGUAAAACAUAGGGCCACGUGGUGAUGACCUUUUGACCCUGGCAUUCCUCCUCUGGAUUCUGCCUGCAUGCAGCAAAACUAAUCAAUGCAAAAAUAAUUAUAAUGUGUGUAUAAACGCUAUUACCGUAUAGCGGGUAAUUUUCGUGGGGUAAAAAAUUCGUCUAUCUCGAAAACGGUGAUUUCGUGAGUAAACAUUUCAUUGCCUGCACAGCAUUUAUACGUUCCGGUAAAGCCACGCCUACGUUAAAAUUUCCAGCUUGCCCACGAAAAUAACGAAUUUUUUACCCCACGAAAAUUACCCGCUAUGCGGUAGUAGCUUUAUGUUAUGUAGCUUUGG